AUGUUCGUUGGUUUUAACACUAUUUUGGUUGCUACAUCUGCAGUGUCAGUAUGGGCACCAGUAGCUGUUGGUGAUGUUCUCAACAAUUGUUGGAAAAAUGAAGAAAACAGGCCUUUUCCUAAUCAGAUAAAUGAUGGACAGGAUGCGCUUAAGAGGCGUAUGGCAACAUGGAUUUCAAAUAUUAACUGCGCUAAGGCUGUUGGUCGACAAGUAGGCGUUUUGGGAUUAGGGACUGCUGGUUUUAGGUAUAUAGCUGGUAUGAACAAACGUGAAGAACAUGAUGUAAUUAGUUUGGGAUACAGGCCAAUAACUCCAAAUACUAUAGACUUUAUGUGUUUGGCACAAGAUUUGUCACUUUUGAAGUAG